UGGAUCGUUUUGGUACUUUUACUCACGCUUUUCCUACCGCUCCUAAACGGCGUUUGGACCUUUCGGCAUGAUCCCCUCAUCUCUGUCAAAGCCGUCCUGAUGGCGAGCGCCACUGCUCAGGCUCUCAUGAAAAUACUCGUUUGCAGACAUCACCGGACACGCUUUCAGGGCUUGCUUGAUGAAAUGGAAGUUUUUUUCGACGAAGCGAAUGACUUGGAGCGCCCCGUAUUGCAUCGUUAUCUGAAGAGAUGCAGCGCGUUCUACAGUUUUGUAACAGUGUGCGUAUACUUGGCUUGUCUCGGUUUUGUCCUGGAGCCUCUGCUAUUGUCACAGCCAUUCCCUACGGACUCGUCGUUCCCAUUUGCCGUUGAGUUUCGUCCGCUAUACGUCAUUAUUUACGUGCAACAAGCCCUCGCGAUAUUUCACAUAGCGGCGGCUCUCUCGAUCGACAGUCAAGUAGCAUUGCUGUUUUGGUACACCGCUGCAAGGUUUGAGAUGCUUGGCGAAGAUAUUGAAAAAUGUAGAUGUAAAAGUGAUCUUGUACGGUGCAUAACGAAGCAUCAAAGCCUCUUGGCUUAUGCUGAACAGCAUCAACCCGUUUCUGUGAAACUCCGCGUCGGUAACAUGCUUUUCAACGCCAGCAUCGAGCUCUUCGUCUACGCUUGGCCAGCUGACAAGCUCAUGGAAAUGAGUCAAGCGAUCGGGACGCGAGCUUAUAAAUGUGAAUGGCUUGGAAAGCCGAUUUCGGUGCAGAAAACCGUUUUGAGUCUGAUCCACCGAUCGCAGAAGCCUGUGACGAUAUCGGUCGGUGGAUUUCUUCCGUCCUUGUCGCUGUAUUAUUACGCAUCUAACAUGGCAAAGGGUUUGACCUCAGCUAGGAAUGUGGUGAGGUUGAUCAAAGUGUGCGGAAGAUUAACGUCGACUUGGCCACUCGAUCCUCCUUCGUCAAGGAGGAAUCAAAUUUUCGCUCAAUUCCUCUGGUGGACUUCCUUCUUAAACGUUCUUUUUCUCAUCGUUCCUCUCAUCUUUGGGGUCUAUCAUUAUCGCCGCGAGACCACCGUCCUCAUGAAAGCCUUGUCCGAACUGACUGCCCUCACUGAGGUUUUCUUUAAUCUCAUUAUUUGUAAAUUUCAACGAAGGAGAUUGCAGAGGUUGCUCUCAGAAAUCACGAGUGUCGUCACGAAUGCAAGCACAGAAGAUGGACUCGUGUACCAAAAGUACGUGGAUCGUUAUUUGUAUUUCCUCGUGACAUUGGGCUCCAUGUUUUUCAUGACAGCUGUUACAUUUUCGUGCGGUCCCUUGGUGAUGAAGACGCAUCUGCCGGCCGACGCUUGGUAUCCUUUUUCAGUUGAUUCGCCAACCGUCAGGUGGAGUCUUUACCUGUCACAAGUUUUAGCAAUACUCCAAACGGGCCUUUGUGUGACAGUUGACAUAAUGGUGGGUAUGAUGUUGUGGUACACUUCCGCUAGUUUGGAGAUUUUGGGAAAAAGGCUUGAGAGGGUCACCGGCGAAUCGGACUUGGGGGACUGCAUCGUCGAGCAUCAGAGAAUAACUGAUUUUGCUCGAGAGACAAACCACGCGGUACGCUUCCUGAUCCUGAAGGGCAAUGCGACCAUGGCGUUGGCUGCGAUCUGCGGGGCCUUUCCUUUGAUUUACCAUCAACCGAUUUUGGUCGUGUCCCAAUUCAUUCUCUUCGUAGUCUGCGGCCUCCUGAGACUUUAUUUAACCGCUUGGCCAGCCGACGACUUGGCAGAGAUGAGCAAUAAACUAGGCGACAUCGCGUACUCCACGCGCUGGAUCGAGGGCUCGGUUAAAAUGCGAAAAGGCGUUUUAUUCGUUGUACAACGGAGCCGAAAACCGCUCGUCAUUUCGGUCACAGGAAUCCUUCCUGCACUAACCCUCGAAUUUUACGCUUCGUUCGCCUCAGCUACGAUGUCCUACUUUGUUACUUUGAGAGCAAUCAUCGGCGAAUGACUAAUUUUCAAUAAAUGUAACGAUCAUUGUGUAAAUUUAUUGUCAACUGGAUAAUGAAGAACAGAGAAAUUCAAAUGAAUAAUCAAGGAGCCUGAUCUGUUCAGGCUCCAUGCUACGGUGCAGCAAAUUAUCACAAUUAAUGAUGAAACAUUUUCCGAGUCGAUGGCGACACGAAUCGACACUACCGUUGAGUAUUCCUAAAAAUCAAAUAUUGACAAACGCUCUUUAUCGAAAAGUAUUAUAAAGAAGUGUCAACACCAGAGACAGACAAAAAUUCCCACUUCGAAGUGAGUAAUAGUUUGAGACAUAUUUUUAUACUUUUAUCACAAGUUGUCCGAUAAUGUUUUUCAUCCGAAAUUGCGCCCGAAAUUUCGGCCAAUAUGAUUAUGGAAAUGAUUAGUUAUAUCCGAAAAAAAAAAUUCUUACAAAAUAGCGAUUUUUCGACGAGUCACAUUCCGUUUUCAUUUGACCGAGCCAUUGAUCAGUAUACAACAAAUUUAUCUUGGGCUAAAAACACUUUUCUCCUGAUGACGAAUCUCACUUUUCGCAAAGCACAGUCUGAUUCAUUUUAUUGUUAAUUCAUUAGGCUUUCAACGAAUCAUUGUCCUUAAGAUGAUGAAUCAGUCGGUAAUCACACCUCGAAUUUUUGAAAUUGAAACUCUUUGACAUCGUUCGUCCGAU